AGGUCAAGUGGGCUACAUAAUAGCAGGGAUGAAGGAUGUGAAGGAGGCCCAGAUUGGAGACACACUCUACCUUCAGGAGCAGCCUGUCGAGGCUCUCCCAGGUUUUAAACCUGCUAAAGCUAUGGUGUUUGCUGGCAUGUAUCCGAUGGACCAGUCAGAAUAUCCGGGCCUCCGCAGCGCCAUUGAGAGGCUGACCCUGAAUGACUCAAGUGUCACAGUGCAGAGAGACAGCAGUCUGGCCCUGGGAGCAGGCUGGAGACUUGGCUUCCUGGGUCUUCUUCAUAUGGAAGUGUUCAAUCAGAGGCUGGAGCAGGAAUACAAUGCCUCUGUUAUAGUCACAGCGCCCACUGUUCCCUACAAGGCUGUGCUCUCCUCAGCCAAACUCAUCAAGGAACAUGGGAGCGAGGAAAUAACCGUCGUGAACCCCGCUCUGUUCCCUGACAGAUCAGUUGUGUCGGAGUAUUUGGAGCCCAUGGUGAUCGGGACCAUUCUUGCUCCAGACACAUACACUGGCAAGAUCAUGUCUCUCUGCUUGAACCGCAGAGCUAUCCAGAAGAACAUGGUGUACAUAGAUGACCAGCGCGUCAUGAUGAAGUAUCUCUUCCCCUUAAAUGAAAUUGUCGUGGAUUUCUAUGAUCAGCUCAAAUCAAUGUCAUCUGGAUAUGCAAGCUUUGAUUAUGAAAACGCAGGCUACCAGGCUGCUGAUCUGAUAAAGAUGGACAUUCUGCUGAAUGGUCGACCGGUUGAAGAGCUCACCACGAUUGUGCACAGAGGCCGUGCGCACACUUCAGGGAAAGCCAUGUGUGAGCGACUCAAAGACUCCAUACCGAGACAGAUGUUUGAGAUAGCUGUACAGGCAGCUAUUGGAAGUAAGGUCAUAGCAAGAGAGACAAUAAAGGCGUUCAGGAAAAAUGUGCUUGCCAAAUGUUAUGGAGGUGACAUAACACGCAAGAUGAAGCUGCUGAAGAGACAAGCCGAGGGCAAGAAGAAGAUGAGGCGUAUUGGAAAUGUGGACGUUCCCAAAGACGCUUUCAUUAAUGUUCUGAAGAGAAAAGACAAAUAGACUGUGAUACCACUAGAAUAUUAUUCUGUAAUUAU